GACACCAAGCUCAACGGCUUGGGAUUCGUGUGCCUCAACAUGAUCAGCAAGGGCUCGUUCACGAUGCAGAUGCUGUCCAUGGUCAGGCGGUGGAGGCGCGACUUCGGGGACAGCGGAUUUGGGCGGCAGACCACGGAAGAUUCUGCUGUUGCGGAACUCCGGAAUGAUUCGCCUCGCAGCAACAAAACCGAGAAGUCCGCGGAUUGGAUGAUCGAUAUUCUGAAGAGUUGGGAUUUGGGUGACGAGGAGAAGCUGCAUCGGGUCCCAGCAGUGGACUCCAAGAUGCAGGCGCCGCCACCCGAGAAGACGAUUAUAUUUGACACGACUUGCUUGACCGAUGAGGUGCUUGUCGCGGAGCUGGCAAGGAGGAUCAACUUGAGCGCCGUGGGCAAUACCGACCUCAUCGUCGGCAAGCCCCUCGACCCCCAGGCUCUCUUCAUGCAGGCGCUGGACAAAGAGAUAAGCAUGGCGUGCUCGAAGUUCGUCGAGGAGGACGACGAGGACGAGGAGUGA